AUAGAGGCCAUAGCACAAGAAGAUCACCACAGGAACUUUAGUCUUAAUCGAGACGUCAACCGGGACGGAAGGAUUUACAGCUUGGUGAAAGACCUCCGAAGGCACGCGCGCGUACGGCUAGAAUGCAAAAUUCGGAGGUGUCGCUAAUAAGCUAAUCACAUUUAUCAGUGUCAAAAAUUGGUGUCAAUCCCAUCUGCAGCACGUAACGGGGUGAGAUGGCACUCCCGGUGAAAUUUUGUGUUUUUGCCUUGGCAUUAGCAAUGCUAUGCAUCGGUUCCGGAGAUGCAUUUUUCUUCUUUCUCAAGUCGCUAGCCCACAUCGGGCGGCACGACGACGGUGACGAUGACCGAUACAACUUUGUGCAACCUACUUAUGGCAAUCCACAGGUGAAAGAGAUUCCGGAGUAUGAUUUUAUUAUCGUUGGUGCGGGCCCUGCCGGGUGUGUGUUAGCCAAUAGGUUGUCGGAAAAUUCACGAUGGCAGGUUCUGCUGCUCGAGGCUGGUCCUGGAGAGAACGAGCUCAACAACAUUCCUAUCUUGACAACGUUUUUGCAGAACUCGCAGUACAACUGGGCCGACGUGGCAGAAGCACAAAACGGCUCUUGUUGGGGUAUGGUCGAUCAGCGGUGCAGUAUUCCUCAUGGCAAAGGACUGGGCGGAUCAACUUUGAUCAACUAUAUGAUGUACACGCGAGGUAACCCGGCCGAUUACGACCGUUGGGCGUCUAUGGGUAACCCAGGUUGGUCUUACAGCGAUGUGUUUCCCUACUUCCUGAAAACCGAACGAGCAUCCCUGCGGGGAUUGGAAAAAUCAGUCUACCACAACUUCGAUGGAGAACUGAGUGUAGAGUUUCCCCCAUUUCGUACAGAUCUGGCGCAAACCUUCGUGAAAGGAGCCCGGGAAAUCGGACACAAGAAAAUCGACUACAACGGAAAAGGUCAGCUAGGAGUGUCCUACGUGCAAACCAAUACGUUGAAUGGAAUGCGUCAAACUGCAUAUCGUGCGCUGAUUGAACCCAUUUUAGCAAACAGACCGAAUCUACACGUGAAAGCCUAUAGCCGAGUAACAAAAGUCCUUAUAAAUCCCAACACGAAGAGCGCCUACGGAGUGACUUAUACGAAAAAUUUCAGAAAUGUUGAUAUACAUGCACGAAAAGAAGUAAUUCUUACAGCUGGAGCCAUCAACACACCGCAGAUACUGAUGCUUUCCGGUGUCGGACCUGAAGAUCUCCUCCAGGACAUCAAGGUUCCUGUAAACGAAAAUCUUCCUGUAGGACAAAACUUGAUUGACAGUAUUGUUUUCAGUGGUUUAACAUUUGUAUUGAAUGAAACCGGGCAUGCUUUACUGACUGACAGCAGGUUUCAGCUUCAUUCUAUAGCAGAUUAUUUCAAUGGUCAGGGUCCACUGACUGUUCCUGGAGGAGUGGAAGCCAUUGACUUCUUGCAAACGAGUCGAGCUAAGGAACCCGGUGUACCGGAUAUUGCGAUUGUAUUCUCCACUGGAUCACUGGUUUCCGAUGGAGGUCUUGGGUUGCGUAGCGGAAAGCGAAUAAAAACUAGCUUGUACAACAAAGUUUACAAACCUUUGGAAACCCUACCGAAUGAUCAGUGGACUGCUACAGUGGCCUUACUGCAUCCAAAAUCCAGGGGUUACAUCAGACUACGCAAUGCAAACCCGUUUAAUAGUCCGAAGGUUUACACAAACUAUCUUACAGAGGAGGAUGAUGUGGAAACCUUACUGGAGGGAAUCAAAGAAGCUGUCAGAAUAUCCAAAUCUCCAUCGAUGAAACGCUUCGACGCACGAGUUCUCGGCAUUCAACUUCCCAACUGCAAACAGUACGAGAUUAGCGAUGAUGAAUACUGGCGUUGUGCUAUCCGAACGCUAUCUAGCACAGCAUAUCAACAGUUGGGAACCUGCAAAAUGGGACCGCAAGGGGAUCCAACAGCCGUGGUUUCACCCAACUUGGAAGUACAUGGAGUGGAAAAUCUGCGGGUAGCUGAUGUGAGUGUGGUGCCUACAACGAUUUCGGGACAAUCAGCCGCAAUUCCCUACAUGAUUGGUGAGAAAGCGGCAGAUCUAAUAAAACAACGCUGGACGAUGUGAUUAGGCUUUAAGCAAUGCAGAAAAGCAGUUUCGAUUAAAACAUGACUUCAACCGGUAAUGUAAGGAUCUUACAAUGUAAGAUGCGUAUAAGCAGAUUAUGCAUAAAGGUAGAAAUAAUUUAUUUUAUUCAUAAAGUAGACUUAAAACAAUUCUCAAUAAAUAAAUAAAAC